GUGAAUUGUCUGAUAAUGAUGAAGAAGAAUCCUACUUGAAGGAAUAUUUCGAUAAUCUUUAAAAAUCGAGGAGUACUUCAUCACAGAUAACAGUCCACCGAUUUAUUUUUUGUAAUCUUUUUAUUUUUAUAUCUCAUUGCGAUGGAGGGCUCGGCUUUUACGCGGAAUGAUGUGUUCCAAAUGGCAAUUCGAGUUGCCUUUGUAUCGGCAGUGACAUAUUUCUCUAUAAAAUGGCUUGUGAAUCAAAUGGACCCGACGUCGAAGAGUCGAAAGAAAGCAGAGGAAAAAGCCCGCGAACAGUUACGCAAAUUGUCUUCCAGAGCCGGCCUGGGCGGCAGACACUCGCUGGAGUUGAACAAACUUACUGACCACGAAAUGAUGAUCGCAUCCCAGCUCGUGGUGCCUGAUGAGAUCAAUGUAAAUUGGAAGGACAUAGCUGGUCUGGACCACUUAAUCCAAGAACUACGGGAGACGGUGAUCCUGCCGAUACAAAAGCGAGAACUUUUUGCGGACAGUCGCCUCACGCAGCCACCGAAAGGAGUCCUGUUACACGGCCCGCCUGGUUGCGGGAAGACCCUGAUAGCCAAAGCAACAGCAAAAGAGGCGAACAUGAGCUUCAUCAAUCUGGACGUGUCGCUGUUGACUGACAAAUGGUACGGGGAGACUCAGAAGUUGGCUGCCGCUGUAUUCAGCCUCGCUGUCAAACUGCAACCCUGCAUUGUGUUUAUUGAUGAGAUGGAAUCGUUCCUUCGUACCCGCAAUCAGCACGACCACGAGGCGACCGCGAUGAUGAAGACGCAGUUCAUGUCACUGUGGGACGGACUCAUCACCGACCCCGGCUGCACCGUCAUCAUCAUGGGUGCAACAAACCGGCCUCAGGACUUGGACAAGGCGAUCCAGCGCCGCAUGCCGGCCACGUUCCACGUGCCGAUGCCCAGCGAGACGCAGCGCGAGCGCAUCCUACACCUCAUACUGCGCUCCGAGCCCGUCGCACCAGACAUCGAGCUGAAGCGGUUGGCGAGUGCGACAGAAGGGUUCUCCGGGUCGGACCUCCACGAGCUGUGUCGGCAGGCGGCUGUCUACAGGGUGCGGGAUCUCGUCAGAGAGGAACAGUCCAAAACCAAUGUGAACGCAUCGGACUCCGAUGAGGAGUAUGUGGACGCAGUGCGCCCCAUCACCAUGGAGGAUCUGCGGCUUUCCCUCAACAAACUCAAGGAGUCCAAGAUACAGUGCGGAUCCCUCGCGCCCUCCACGCGGAUAGAACUCGACUAGGUGUCAGGCUAGUCAUUAUAAAGAUUAUAAUCGUUAGAUAAGGUCACGGAUUCAAUUCUCAAAUGGAUAAUUUAAGGGAUUUUGUCCCCUAAAUUAUCUGUAAAGUAAACGUAAAUGGAAACGAUUGUGCGCUAGAUUUUUUUAAUUAUAGCUGGUUUAUAAAACCUGAAGAAAUCGAUCACAUAAUUAGGGGAUUUAGUUCCCUAAAUUAUUUGUAAAGUAAACGUGAAUAGAAAAUAUCGUCCAGUCAGUUUUUUAUUAUU